AGAGGCUUAUCCGAACCAAGCAAAGCCAAGUAAAGCAAUCAACACGCAGCGAGAGCCAUCCUAUAUAAUACGCACCCCGCGGCCAUAGAUCCAUCCAUCCCCAUUUCACAGCAUCUAUUCCAGAGCAACAGCAGUUUCCAUCAUAUCCGAGUGUUGAUCGAUCGGUACUUCGGUAGCCAAUGGCGGACAUAGCGAUGCUGGUGGCCGAUGAGGCGUUCGAGAAGAGGCUGCAGCGAGGGGCGCCCUUCGCCGGCGCCGGCGAUGAGGCGUCCAAGGGCAGGGAGAACUUCCGGGCCGUGACCAAGGUGUGUGGCUCAUGGGCGUCGGGGGUCAAGGUGCGCGUCGCGCUGCUCGUCAAGGCCGACCUGGUGGCCGAGCCCAAGACCCCGAUCGCCAUGGCAGCCUUCGACGGCUUCUUCUCUGCUUAAUUAGCCAUCUUUUUCUUUCUGAAAUGGAGU